AUGGAGGACUGUGAUGCUGGCUCAUCACAUGAAGCGUCGCCAGCAACCCCCAUCAAGUAUCUACGCAGCAGGCGGUCGCGACACCCUCAAAUUCAACAAGUCGCAAGCCCGACCACCCAUGGUACUCGGACGCGUGUUAGCCUCAGGCGUGCGACGCUGCCCGAGUCAUUCGUCCCCGACCCGCGGUGCACGUUCCUGCCGGGAAAUGGUGGUCGCGCCCCUGCGCUGAUCUGCCAGAUCUGCUUUGAGAAUCGUUUCGACCCGGCCAACAGCACGGACGCGCCUAACCAGGACGACUCGUUUGUCAUCCUGCCGUGUGGUCAUGUGGCUUGUGCGCCGUGCCUGGGCGUCUGGCAGCAGCAGCAGCAGCAGCAGGAAGAAGAAGGCCAAGGCGGCAACGCCGCCGCCACCUGUCCCUUUUGUCGACUAAUGUUGCGCCACGGUGUCUGCAAGCAUAGCCUCCAGACGAGGUACCUCACCCGCCGGGACAUACUGUCAGGGAAGCUCCCCAGGACGAUCCCCGACGGGGGUGGGAUCCCGGAUCAUUGUCGCGAGUGCGUCGAUGGCGUCCUGGUCGCCGAGUUUGCACCCCGGCAGCGCUCCGUUUCUGCCCAGUUGGCGCUCGCCCGGGGUAGGUUGCGUGCCGCGCCCGCGAGGUCUGUUGAGACAGGUGAGUUGUUGUCGAUCCCUGGGGAACUGCUCGAGGCAGUGGAUGCUCUCCAGCGGCACCAGGAGAGCUUGACGUGCGAAAAGGAGGCCACAAGGGAGAGUCUUGGCGGGGGUGGUUGGUGA